AUGUGGAAGGAGUGGACGCGCCACACACCGCCCCGCAAAAGGCAGGGUGUGGCUGACUGUCCCCCUUCGUCAUCUUACUCCCGUACAACGGUACAAGUUACUGCCCCGGCAGGCCGCCGUCAAACCAUCUUCCCCCCAACCUCAGCGCUUUCGCCUUCUCCCCUUCCCGUCCGCUCUCCGAUAACAUCUUAUCGCCCUCGAUCUCCCACGCCCGUGAAUACGGUUUAUUUUCUCUCCCCGAAUUUGCUUUCGUCCCUGCACCGACUAUGGCAUCCAGAGCCCCAGCUGGCGCCCGACCGGGCGCGAGAUUCGCUCAGUUCAAACUGGUCUUGCUCGGAUCAAUUCGAUGACUACCGAGAGUCGACGAUCGGCGCUGCCUUCCUAACUCAGACUAUCUCCUUAGACGAAAGCACGACGGUCAAGUUUGAAAUAUGGGACACCGCCGGUCAGGAGAGAUACAAGUCGCUGGCCCCGAUGUACUACCGAAAUGCGAACUGCGCAGUUGUCGUUUACGACAUCACACAAGCUUCGUCAUUGGACAAAGCUAAGUCGUGGGUGAAGGAGCUACAGCGCCAAGCGAACGAGAAUAUUGUCAUUGCCCUCGCCGGCAACAAGCUCGAUUUGGUCACUGAGAAUCCCGAUAAGAGAGCCAUCCCAACUGCGGACGCCGAGGCUUACGCUCGGGAAGCCGGGUUGCUCUUCUUUGAAACUUCGGCCAAGACUUCUUCGAAUGUGCGGGAUCUUUUCACAGCCAUUGCAAAGAAACUGCCCCUUGAUCAAGCCGGACCCCGGAACUUGCGGACGACCCCCCGUCCCGGUGUGGACUUGCGGCCCGAGGCACCCGGCCGAUUCUUGCGACAACCUGUAUCUUCCAUUGCCGUUCUAAUUUAUGCUCUCGUUCCCCUUCGUCUCUUCGAUGCAGAAGGGUUGAGGCGUUCGGAGGCGGUGCGCGAACACCCGAAACUGAGCCACAGCCGGGCGGUGCAGGGUCGGAGCGGAUCGUUAAAUCAUCUAUCCCAACUCCGGUCCGCGUUUUCCCUCGCCAACAUCAUUCCCCCCAGGAUACACCCGCCUUCAGCGCCUAUCUCCACAGUAGUGCAGCCCGUCAUGCUGCGCUCCUCUGCUGCACAAGGACGGCAGUUGCUGCUGUCUUCGACUCGUCAACGGACAGCGUCCCAAUGGCUGACCAAAGCCGGGGCCACUAGCCGGCUCUCCGGUCAGAGAUUCUUUGCCGACUCUAAGCCCCCGACUACUGGUGCGCCGACGCCUGCCUCUCCGUCGUCCGAUUCGGUCGUCCCCCCCGAAACCGUCCCCAAGGCGUCGCCCAGCGAGCAAGGUUCGCAGAGCUCUUCGUCACCAGCACCGGUUGCGGCCCCUAAAACAGGUCGCUUCCGCCGGUUCCUGCUCUACUUGAUUCUCACUUCGGGCUUUGCCUACGGUGGAAGUAUCUUCCUUGCCCUGAAAUCCGACAACUUCCACGAUUUCUUCACGGAGUACGUCCCCUACGGUGAGGAGGCUGUCCUCUACUUCGAAGAGCGUGACUUUUACCGUCGAUUCCCCAACACCCUCGGAACCCAAAAGCGCGGUGGCUCCAAGGAUGAAGGCCCCAAGAUCACAAUCCCGAGCAAGAGCGGUCUCUCUUCCAAGGUCGCCGAAGAGGAGGAAUCCGGAACUGAUGUUUCUCAGAGAGGUCCUCACAUGAGUUCCCGGAAGGGCGAGGAGGCGCAGGUUAAGACUGAGGCUGCCAAGCCUGAGGAGAAGACGGCCGCCGUGGAAACGGCGAAGAGCAGCAAGGCCUCCAAGGAAGCUCCCAAGCUCGAGGAACCCAGACAGCCUGCUGUUCCUGUUGUCGCGCCCCUUGAAUUCGCCAAGGUGAACGAGGGCGAUGAGGCAAUUGUCCAGGAGCUGGUCAAGACUUUCAACGACAUCAUCACUGUUAUCGGUGCUGAUGACAACGCGGGCAAGUACACUACGUCCAUCCAAAAGGCCAAGGAGGAGCUCCAGAAGGUUGGAGACAAGAUCAUCGCUGUUCGGGAGGAGGCACGCAGCGCCGCCCGAGACGAGAUUGCGCAGGCCCAUUCGACUUUCGAUGAGUCUGCUCGUGAGCUCAUCCGUCAGUUCAACGAAGCACGCUCUGUUGAUGCGGCUCAGUUCCGCGAAGAAUUUGAGUCCGAGCGCGAGAAGCUAGCCAACGCCUACCAGGACAAGAUCAAGACCGAAUUGCAGAGAGCGCAGGAAUUGGCUGAGCAGCGCCUUCAGAAUGAGCUGGUUGAGCAGGCCAUUGAACUCAACCGCAAGUACCUUCACCAGGUUAAGGACCUCGUUGAGCGCGAGCGCGAGGGCCGUCUCAGCAAGCUAAAUGAACUGACCGCCAACGUCAGCGACCUCGAGAAGCUUACCUCCGGCUGGAGGGAUGUCAUUGAUACCAACCUCAAGACUCAGCAGCUUCAGGUCGCCGUCGAUGCUGUCCGCUCCGUCCUUGAGCGCUCUACCGUUCCCCGGCCUUUCAUCCGUGAGCUUGUUGCCGUGAAGGAGCUGGCCGCUGAUGACGCCGUUGUCGAUGCUGCUAUUGCCUCCAUCAACCCCGCUGCCUACCAGCGCGGAAUUCCGGCUACGCCUCAAAUCAUCGAGCGUUUCCGUCGCGUCGCUGACGAGGUUCGCAAGGCUAGCCUUCUGCCCGAGGAUGCGGGUAUUGCAAGCCACGCCGCCAGCUUUGUCCUGAGCAAGGUCAUGUUCAAGAAGGACGUGGUCGCGGGUAGUGACGAUGUUGAGAGUGUCCUCGUUCGGACCGAGAAUCUUCUGGAGGAGGGCAAGCUCGACGCUGCUGCCCGUGAGAUGAACAGUCUGAACGGAUGGGCCAAGAUCUUGAGUAAGGACUGGCUCAUCGAAGUGCGCCGUGUCUUGGAGGUCAAGCAGGCUCUUGAGGUCAUCGAAACUGAGGCGCGCCUUCAGUGCCUCCGAGUUGAAUAG